AUGGACGUGGACGGGCCGAAGUGGACCUUUGCUUUUGACUUCUCCUUCUUGAGCCAGGAAGAGGAUCUGGCUUGGGCUGAGCUCCGGCUGCAGCUGUCCAGCCCCUCGGACCUUCCCCCCGAGGUACCGCUCACCAUUGAGAUUGUCCACCACCCAAAGCUGGACCUGGAGCAGGACCCAGCUGGCUGCCCACAGCGCCUCCAGAUGGACCUGUUCACAGUCACCCCAUCCCAGGUCACCUUCUCUUCAGGCAGCAUGGUCCUGGAGAUCACAAGGCCACUCUCCAAGUGGCUGAAGAGCCCCGGGAGACUGGAGGAGCAGCUGUCCAGGCAGGCUGGAGAGUGCUGGCGGCGGCCCCCCAAGCCACCCAUCCCUGACGUGCUGCUCAUGCUCUACUCCAACCUUCCCCAGGAGCAGAGGCGGCUCGGGGGCUCCACGUUGCUGUGGGAAGCCGAGAGCUCCUGGCGGGCCCAGGAGGGACAGCUGUCCCGGGAGAGGGGUAGGCGGCACCGGCGACAUCACCUGCCAGACAGAAGCCAACUGUGUCGGAAGGUCAAAUUCCAAGUGGACUUCAACCAGAUUGGAUGGGGCUCCUGGAUCAUCUACCCCAAACAGUACAAUGCCUAUCGCUGCGAGGGCGAGUGCCCCAACCCUGUCGGGGAGGAGUUUCAGCCGACCAACCACGCAUAUAUCCAGAGUCUGCUGAAGCACUACCAGCCCCACCGGGUCCCUUCCACCUGCUGUGUCCCCGUGAAGACCAAGCCACUGAGCAUGCUCUACGUGGAAAAUGGCCGGGUCCUCCUGGACCACCAUAAAGACAUGAUCGUGGAAGAAUGCGGGUGCCUCUGAGGAGUCUGGAGGGAUGGUGGAUCUGGCUGUAGCCUGGGAUUGGGAACCUCCCAGAGGCCAUGACGACCAUCUCGUCCAAUAAGGAGAAGCUGAGAGGGGGACAUUUUCCACUCUGGGCAGCAGAACUGAGGAGCAAGGGCUGUCCACACACUA